AGUGCUGAUGGGGUUAAAUGGGAAGGAGGAGAACUUGCUCUGUGAAAUCUAAUUCUGCCCCUCUCUUGACCCAACAACCAGUAAACCUUCCUUGCUUCCAGUCCAGCCAUGGAGAACAGCAGCAGCAGCAAGUUCGACAGCCCCACCAACAUAUCCCUGGUGGGCAGCGAUAGCCCACUGGAUGUUCUCGAAUACAAGGUCAUCUCCGUCUUCCUGGUGUUGGGCAUCUGCGGAGUUGGCAUCAUUGGCAACGUCAUGGUGGUGCUGGUGGUCAUCACCACCCGUGAGAUGAGGACUCCCACCAACUGCUACUUGGUUAGCCUGGCUGUGGCUGAUCUGAUGGUUCUGGUGGCUGCUGGCCUGCCCAACAUCUCUGACAGCCUGGCAGGAACGUGGAUCUAUGGGUUUGCCGGGUGUCUUGGCAUCACCUUCUUUCAGUACUUGGGCAUCAAUGCAUCAUCCUGUUCCAUCACUGCCUUCACUGUGGAAAGGUACAUUGCUAUCUGCCACCCAAUGAAAGCGCAGGCGAUGUGCACAGUGUCGCGGGCCAAGCGCAUUAUCACCUUUGUCUGGAUCCUCACCUCAGUGUACUGCACCCUGUGGUUUUUCCUGGUGGACAUUGCUGUCAACAAAAGCCAGCAGCUGGAGUGCGGCUACAAGGUCUCCCGCAACCUCUACCUGCCCAUCUACCUCCUCGACUUCGCCCUCUUCUUCGUCACCCCUUUGUUCCUCGCCACAGUGCUCUAUGGUCUCAUCGGGAGGGUCCUCUUCCACAGCCCCAUCCCACACCAGCCCACUGCCUGCACCCAACGCUGGCAAGACCAGAGUUGCAAAGUAAGGAUCGGCAAAGAGAGGAAUGGCACAGAGGCCAGCCGGAGCAAGGCCAGUGGCUCAAGAACCAGAGUGCCUGUCUCCUCCAGGAAGCAGGUGACCAAAAUGCUGGCCGUGGUGGUAGUCCUCUUUGCCCUCCUCUGGAUGCCCUACCGGACUCUGGUUCUGGUGAACUCCUUCAUGGAGCGCCCCUACCUGAACCGCUGGUUCAUCCUCUUCUGCAGGGUCUGCGUCUACGCCAACAGCGCCAUCAACCCCAUCAUCUACAACCUCAUGUCCCAGAAGUUCCGCCUGGCCUUCAAAAAGCUCUGCAAGUGCGGGAAGGUGGAGCAGCAGCCAAGGCACAGAUUCUAUGCAGCCUCCAGCAUGAAGAAGGAACCUGACGCUCCCCCGCAUGGGGACAUCAAGGCUAAGGGGCCACCGUCCCCAGGAGGAGGUGAAGAGGAGGACUUGCCUGCUUUGGAGCAGGUGCCUGCACCUGAGAAAGAGAAGGAGCCGUAUUUCAGCGUGCUCUAAAUGCCCCAGUUCCCCUUGCCUCGCUCCUUUCUCACUUCCCAGUAAAGGACUUGCUUUACUUCUCCUAGUAAACUAGAUCCAUAGGAAGAGAGGAAGCUGACUUAGACCAAGUCAAACCACUGGUUUAUCCAAUUCAGAAUUGCCUACACUGACGUGGUUUCUACCUGGAGAUGCCAGGGAUUGAACCUUCUGCAUGCAAAGCAAGUGAUCUCACUGAGCCAUGACACUUCCUUUAAAUAUAAUAAGAUCUCAUGGUUCUUGUUUAAAUAGGAAGAGAGGAAUUUGCCUUCUACUGAGUCAAUCUGUCUCAGGAUUGUCUUCACUGGCUGGCAGAGGCUGUCCAGGAUUUCAGACUGGCGACAUUCCCAGCCCUAUGUGGAUAUGCUGGGGAAUGGGCCUGGGACC